UUUUGCUCCCUAAUCAUCCAGACAGACCAGCUUGUGCCGCGCAGCCAGCCAGCCACAAGCAAUAGGUAUUCUCUCCACAUGUCUGUGCAGGUUUAUUUUUUAUUUAAUUAUAUAAUUAUCGUUAUAUAACCGUUAAGAGUCAAGACAUCUGCACGUUUGACCGAAAACAGCUUGACAUUUUACGGAAACCUCCAAGCUCCUCCAUUGUCCCGCUUUCCAGACGCAUCCUAACAGUAAUACUACCACCUCCACUACCAGCACCACCUCCACCACCACCGACACAUCACCACCACCACCACCUCCACCACCACCACCUCCACCACCACCGACACAUCACCACCACCACCACUGACACACCAACAUCACCCUUAUCAUGCUGGCAGUCUAGGCCUGUCUCCCAAGCUGUGUCCCACUCGAGACUGAGGCAGCUUCUCCCACGAAGCUUCACACCCCCAGGGGGACCACCACAGAGAUGGCUGAUUCCGACCCCUCAUCCCCCUCCGAUCCACCACAGCCUCUGAGCUCCCCCCGUACUCCCCUCUCCCUGUCCUUCCCCUUCCUCAGGCAGGGAAGUCGGGUGUGGGAAAGGGAGAGGAAACCCCCCUUGAUGCCAGGCGAGCUACCCAGCCCUCUGCCCACCAAACGCACCCGCACAUACUCAGCGACGGUGCGGGCCAGAUCAGGCCCAGUGUAUAAGGGCGUGUGCAGGACCUUCUACAGGUGCCAGGGUCAUGGCUUUAUAAAGCCCUCCAACGGUGGAGAGGAUAUCUUUGUACACAUCUCUGAUAUCGAUGGAGAAUAUGUUCCGAUGGAAGGCGACGAGGUCACGUACAAAGUCUGUUCCAUCCCCCCCAAGAACCAGAAGAUGCAGGCGGUGGAGGUGAUCAUCACCCACCUGGCCCCAGGAACCAAGCAUGAGACCUGGUCUGGACAGAUCAUCAGCUCCUAGACCUCCACCUGCACCUUCAGAGAGGCGGUGUGGGGAAGAGUGUAGGGUGGGGUUGGGGAGGGAAGGUAGGAAGGAGCCUGGAUAGGUAAAGGGAAGGGAAGAGGGAGAAGUGGAGUCCAGGGUAGGGAGAGAAGGCAGGGAAGGAAGGAGCCUAGAGAGGUAAAGGGGAGGGAAGAGGGAGAAGUGGAGUCCAGGGUAGGGAGAGAAGGCAGGGAAGGAAGGAGCCUAGAGAGGUAAAGGGGAGGGAAGAGGGAGAAGUGGAGUCCAGGGUAGGGAGAGAAGGCAGGGAAGGAAGGAGCCUAGAGAGAUAAAGGGGCAAGGGGAGCAGAGGAAGGAGUGAAUAAGUAAAGGGGUUGGAAUGUGGUAUAAGGCUUAAGAUGGUUUUUAUGUAGGUUUCAGUUGGAAUGUGGUAUAAGGCUUAAGAUGGUUUUUAUGUAGGUUUCAGUUGGAAUGUGGUAUAAGGCUUAAGAUGGUUUUUAUGUAGGUUUCAGUUGGAAUGUGGUAUAAGGCUUAAGAUGGUUUUUAUGUAGGUUUCAGUUGGAAUGUGGUAUAAGGCUUAAGAUGGUUUUUACGUAGGUUUCAGUUGGAAUGUGAAUGAAUGAAUAUCAAGGUUAACUUUGAUUUAAGAUUAAAGGUUGAUGGUUUAUUUAAGAUAAUUUUAAAUAGCAGGAGUCGAGUAAGUUUAAUAAAUCACUGUUGUAGGGAAAACGUGAAACAGAGCAUCAAAUCUUCCUAAAUUGUAUUGUUUUUAUUCAUACUUUUAAUUGAUUGAUUGACUUAUUUAUUUUCCAUUUGUUAUGACAGGUGAGGUAGAUGUUGUUGAUCAGAUUAUUUAUAAAUGUGUGUUUUUGUGCCAAUAUAUACCUGGUCUAACCCAUUACACAAUUCACUCUGAUGAUACUGCCCUGGUAACACCUACUCCUUCAGUCUAAUGUUGACCAAUGACCAUUUGUUCAUCUUUGUAACAGAGUUACUGAUGAUUACUAUAUGUGGUUCAAACCCCAUUUUUUAUCAUUAAAACCAAUGCUAUCCAGA